AUGACAAUUUUUUUGGGGGUAACACAUGCAGUAUUUGAGUUGUGUGUUCGGGAAGAAAGUAUAAAGCUGUUGGCCAAAGACCUAGCGCCUCUUCAAGAUGUUGGUCCCCAGAAAUGUCUAGCUUUUAGUACUGAUGGUUCUAAGUUUGCCUCAGGUGGUGAGGAUGGGUGUCUUAGGAUUUUUGAAUGGCCAAGCCUGCGCAUAAUUUUAGAUGAGCCAAGAGGGCACAAGUCUUUCCGAGAUCUGGAUAUUAGCCUGGACUCAGAGUACCUUGCUUCAACAUCAAAAUAUGGUUCUGCACGAAUAUGGAGUACCAGUGAUGGUGUUCCCUUGGCAUCUUUGACUCGUAGCUUGGAUGAGAAGAUUGAAUGUUGUCGCUUUUCCAGGGAUGGGACCAAGCCGUUCUUAUUUUGCACUGUCCAAAAGGGUGAUAAAGCGGUUAUUGCAGUUUGGGAUAUUAGCACUUGGAAUCGAAUUGGGCAUAAAAAGCUACCUAGAAAGUCUGUUUCUGUCCUGUCCAUCAGCUUGGAUGGAAAAUAUCUUGGACUGUAA